UCUUUAAAUGUCAAACCUGAUUAGAAGAGCAACACUAAACUCUCAAUACUCUCCCUCUCACUCUCUCUGACCCACGAUAAUGGAUCGGAUAGAGCACAAAUACGUAGAAGUAAAUGGUCUGAAGCUUCACUUAGCUGAGAUCGGAACUGGGUCGUUGGUCGUGGUGUUCCUUCAUGGGUUCCCGGAGAUAUGGUACUCCUGGCGCCACCAGAUGAUCGCCGUCGCCGAUGCCGGCUUCAGAGCAAUCGCACCCGAUUUCAGAGGAUACGGGUUGUCCGACCCACCAACCGAACCCGAAAAAACCACCUUCGCUGACUUCAUCAACGAUCUCCUCGGAAUCCUCGAUGCUCUCGGCAUUUCUAAGGUUUUUCUCAUUGCCAAAGAUUUUGGAGCUCGACCUGCUUAUAUUUUCGCCAUUCUCCACCCAGAGAGAGUCUCUGGAAUUGUAACAUUGGGUGUGCCUUUCGCACCCCCAGGUCCGUCUACAUUUAGUAAAUACCUCCCUGAAGGCUUCUAUAUUUUGAGAUGGCAGGAGCCUGGGCGUGCUGAAGCUGAUUUUGGACGCCUUGAUGCUAAAACGGUGGUACGGAACAUCUACAUCCUCUUCUCCAAAAGUGAAUUACCAAUAGCUGGGGAAAACCAGGAGAUAAUGGAUUUGGUGGAACCAUCUACUCCUCUACCCCCUUGGUUCACAGAGGAAGAUCUUGCAAGCUAUGGAGUUUUGUACGAGAAAUCCGGAUUCCGAACAGCUUUGCAAGUUCCUUAUAGGUCAAUAAGUGAAGAGUUCAACAUAACCAAUCCAAAAUUUGAAGCUCCAGCGCUACUGAUCAUGGGCGAGAAGGAUUGCGUCUUGAAAUUUCCAGGAAUGGAGGAAUACAUUAAGAGCGGACAGGUGAAAAUCUUUGUCCCCAAUUUGGAGAUAUUAUCCGUGCCUGAGGGUAGCCAUUUCGUCCAGGAGCAAUUCCCUGACCACGUGAACCAGCUAAUACUUACCUUCCUCAAUAAACACUGUUGAUUUGUGGUGCUCGGGACUUGUCAUGGAAAUACAAGUCCUAAUUCUUGUUUCCAAAAUCUUCUUGAGUCGUGGUUUAUGCAUAUGAUCAGCGCGUUUUUUAUGUUCAUUCUAUAAUAAAUCCUGUAACAGAGUUCCCCGUCACUUUUGGUGGACAGUCUUAUAAUGGCUCAGGACUAUGGCAGCUUCAUGAGAUAUCAAAAAUCC